AUGAGCCAGUACGGGUCCCAGGGGGGCCUGAACAUGGGCCGCAGGAUGGGGUCCAGAGGCGACUUGACUGGCGGUGGGAACUAUCAGUACGCACGGAGCGAGGUAGUGCACGGAGGAGGUAAUGGAUACGAACCCUUCACGGACGGAUACAACACCUACACCUUCUCAAAGUCGUCUCUGCCGGGCGGGAUGGUCACCAACAUGAGCAUGGGAGGCGGAAUGAGCGGCUCCAACCUCAGCGGCAUCCACCAGAAGGCCAUGAUCCUGCAGGGCCAGUGCCAGGAGUACCUGAAGAAAGCCGAGUACGCCCUCCAGUCUGGCGGUUCCCAGGGCGACGCAGAGCGCUACAUGGCGAUGGCCAAAGAGACCAUAGAGCAGCUGAAGGGCUGCGCGAUGGACCUGAGACAGAUGGGACAGCCCAAUGACAACGUAGUCAGAACUUUGGAGAUAUGUAAAGACCAGCUGAAGGGCGUCCACAAGUCCAUGAGCGGCACCAUGCAGAGGAGGAGGAGCACCCGAGGGAGCUGGGAGGAGGGGGGACGGAGCUUCCAUGAUGGCAUGGCCUGGAUUGGACAGCACAAACGUCUGAUUGAAACUGCUUCCUGGGGAGAUGACACCGCCGCCAUCGAGCAGCAGCUCAUCAGCCACCAGAAGUUUCACAGCUCCAUCCAGAGGAGCGCCGAGGUGGAUCGAGCCCGGGACGAACUGAUUAAGAGAGGAGAGAAAGGAAAUCUUCACGCUCUGGACCAGGAGUGGGACAGUCUGCAGCAAAUGUCGUUUAAUCGGACGCAGCAGCUGAAAGAGCUCGAUCAGAUCAUUCAGGACAUAUCCAAAGAAAUCAUUUGGGUGAACGACAGAGAGGAGGAGGAGCUGAUGUUCGACUGGGGAGACAAGAACAUCAACCAGUACAUCCCAGAGAAGCAGGAGAGCUACUCGAAACUGAUGAGCGCCCUGGAGGUCAAAGAGAAGGACUUGAAUAAGCUGAAAAUCAAAGUGGAUUCCCUUCUGAAGAACAAGCACCCGGCCUCCGACAAGAUCGAGGCGUACAUGGACACCCUGCAGACUCAGUGGAGUUGGCUUCUUCAAAUCACCAAGUGCAUCGACACGCAUCUGAAGGAGAACGCAGCAUACAGCCAGUUCUUUAAGGACGCCAAUGAGACGUACAGUUCCCUGCAGAAGGAACACGAGACGAUCCGUAAGACGUUCACCUGCGACAAGAACACGUCACUGGAGAACCUGCUGGAGCUCCUCAGGGGACUGGAGAGAGAGAAAGAGAAGAUUAUGGAAAACAAGAGGCAGGUUCAGCAUCUGGUCAACAAGUCUAAGAGCAUCGUGAGGCUGAGACCCAGAAACCCCGAAGAUAAGAGCAGCGGCCAGGUCAUCGUCAAGGCGUUGUGUGACUUCAAACAAGACCAGAAAGUGAUCUGUAAGAACAACGAGGCCAUCCUGAAAGACAACAGUCAGCGCAGCAAAUGGGACAUUACUGGCCCGGGAGGACUGGAUAUGUUGGUGCCCUCUGUGUGCCUGAUCGUACCGCCUCCCAAUCCACUCAGCAUCAGUAUGGCCAGCAAGAACGAUCAGUACUACGAGGCGAUCCUGUCCAUCUGGAAUCAGCUGUACAUCAACGUGAAGAGUCUCAUCGCCUGGCAGUACUGUCUCAUGGACAUCACACGCAUCAACUCCCUCACCAUAACUAUGCUUGCCCGGAUGCGUCCCGAGGAGUACCGUCAAAUCAUCAAGAGCCUGGAGACUCACUACGAGGAGUUCAAACUGAGCAGCCACGGCUCCCAGAUGUUUGUUGACGAUGACAAGAGGGGCAUCGAGAACAAGUUCACCGAAGCCCAGACGCACUACGACAACCUGGUGGUGCAGCUGCCUGUUUACGUUGCACAACAAGAACAACUACAACAAGAAGAAAGACGGAGAACAGAGACGAAAGUGAAGAAAGAGGUGGUGAAAGUGACCAAGACGGAGCCUGUGGUGAAGAAGAAGAAGGUGGUGGUGGUGUCUUCCUCCCGCAGCCUGUCAGAGCUGCACGCGCUCAGAUUGAGGAUGGAGGCCUCCGAGGGUUCGCUGAGUCAGCAUGUUCACAUCUGCUUUGGAGAAGACGGGUUUCACGAUUGUGGCCUUAAGAUUACACAGCUAGAGGCCGUGCAUCGUGAUGUAGACUCGUUACGCCAGGAGUACUUGCGUCUGAAGGAGCGGAUUUUAAAGGAGCUGGAGGGCAUGACCGAUUCGGAUAAAGCCCAGUUCCUCCGCAGUGAGGUCACAGUCAUCGACCAACGACUCGCCAGCCUGGAGAGCAGCUCAUCAGCUUACCUGCAGAGACUGCGGGCUCUGAGGGACCUGCUGCAGAGUGUGGCGCAGGCUGAAGACAUAGUGAAAGUUCACGAGGCGAGACUGACAGAGAAGGAGACCACUUCUCUGUCGCCAAGUGAAGUGGAAGAGUACAUGUUGACUCUGAAGAAUAUUAAGGCAGAGUUGGAUCAGAAGAGGCAUUUCCUGACCUCCAUGGAGUCAGAGCUCUCUAAGGCGACCCACUGGAACAGCCAGGUGGGAGGAUCUUUCCACAGAUGUGACAUGAUGCUGUGCAGAUGCACGGAGCAGGUGAGCCUGCUGUCAGACCGCUGGAGACGAAUCGAGGGACAGAUUGACACCAGACUCCAGGAUUUGCAGUUGUAUCUGCCUCAGCUGGAGCACUACAAGCAAACCAGUUCCUCCCUCAUUGACUGGAUUGAUGUCACACGGAAGAAGCAGGACACCCUGCAGGCCUCCAAAAUACAGAGCGUCGAGGCCCUGAAAGACCACAUAAAUAACCAGAAGGCACUGAACUCAGAAAUCAAAGCGAGGAGGGAGACAUUAGAAAGAGUGCUGCGGGACAAUGUGGCCUGUGUGAACUCCAUCAAGGAGUAUGAAACGGACCUUGCCUCUUACGCCUCUGGGUUAGAGACUUUGCUCAACAUCCCCAUCAAGAGGACAAUGCUGAAAUCACCAUCGAUGGAUCUUAAUGAGGAGGCUAUUCAAAUCCAGACCCGUUACAUGGAGCUGCUUUCCCUGUCUGGUAACUACUACAAAUUCCUGGGAGAGCUGCUCAAAAACAUGGAGGAGCUCAAGAUACGAAACACCCGGAUUGAGCUGUUAGAGGAAGAACUUCGCGAGUUGAGGGAAAAUAUGCAAGAGUGCAAUACCAAGAACAAAUCGCUGGAAGACGACAUUUCCCGCUACCAGCUGCAGCUGAACCAGUCACAGGAGCAGCUGCUGUCAGUGGAGGAAGUGAAGAGAAGCACUGUCCUGCAGUGCACUGUCACCAAGGACAGCCUGGACACCACUCAGACCCAGCUGUCAGACCUCAGCGAUCAGAUGACACACAUCAACUACUUGCUUGAGGAAGAAAGGAGGAAGAAGAGGCUGGCAGAGGAACGCUACGCUCAGCAGCAGGAGGAGUAUGAUUCAACGCUGAAGAAGAGGCAGUCGGAGCUCGAGACUGUCAGCUGGUCCAAGAUAGAGCUGGAGAAGAGUUUGUCAACUAAGGAAUACGAGAUUGAACUGCUACGUCGGCAGCUGGCUGAGGAAGCAGAGAAGAUCAAGGAUCUGCAGAGGGAGAUGUCAAAGGUAAGGAGCCAAUGCAGUGAGGAGGUCAAUAACUUAAAGCUCAGCUAUGAAUCCCAGAUCCAUGUCACUCGUGUGGACAUCCAGAAGCUGGCAACUCAGAGGGAGGAGGAUACAGCUGAGCUCCAGCUCCAGUAUGACAGGGUGGAGGCAGAGAGGAGGGAUCUGGAGGAGGAGCUCAGGAGGCUCAGGAUGUCAUUCAACCAAACAGAGGAACAAAGGAAGAGAGCAGAGGGAGAAACUCACAGUCAGCAGUUGGUUAUCACAGAGGAAGCACGCAGGAGGAGAGAACUGGAAAGUCAGGUGGAGUUGUUAAUAAGGCAGAGAGAUGAGGAAAUUAGCCAGUACAGGGAGGAGCUGGGUGAGCUCAUGAAGAGCCUGCGGGAGAAGAAUGAGGAGCUGGCCUAUGUAACACACAGUUUAGAUGAGGAGACCCGCAGGAGGACAACCACAGAGGAAGGGCAGGGUGUGCUUGAGCGGAGUUUGUCCCAACUGCAGGUAAAGCUGACUAAUUCAUCAGUAGCUGUGACCCAGCUGAAGGAGUGCAAGGAGGAGCUUCAAAAGGUGCGUUUCGAGCUGGAGAGAGAGAUCAAGGAGCGAAGCAGAGUAGAACAGAACUUGAACAGGGUACAGGGACGCCUCAAGGACCUUCAAGGUGUGAGAGAUGGUGUGGAGAGCCAACUGGAGAACCUGAGGAAAGACAACCAAGAGGAGGUGGCUAGAAGAACGCAGCUAGAAACAGAACUGGAAAGCACCACUAUGACCAUUAAAAAGUACAGCAGCACCAUUGCUACGCUACGCCAGAGCCAAGAACAAACCAGCAUGUCAGAAAAGAGAGGUGAAGGAGAACGUCUCAGGUUGCAGGAGGAGCUGGAGAGGAGCUUGAAACAAAACAAGACAUCUGCAGAGCACAUAACAAAACAGAAUGCUGAGCUGAAAACCCUGCAGCAACAACUCCUCCAGGAGCAGACACGAGUCAAAGAGGCAAACCUCAGAAAUGAGGGUCUUUACAAAACUAUAGAAGAGAAGAGUAAGACACUGAAUGAGAACUCUGUUGAGCUUGAAAGGCUGAAGGAGAUGAUAGAAACUCAGACCAAAGAGAGGCUGAAGCUGGAGGAGGAGCUAAGGGCAGCACGACAUGAUAAAGAGGAGAUCUUGAAAUCCAAAAGGGGAAGUGAUGACGAUCUGUACUCUCAAAUCACAGCACUGGAGCUGGAGCUACAGGCCAGUGAGCGCCACAAUGUAGACUACCGCAACCUGGUCUCCGAGCUCUCCUCAGAGAGUGACAAACUGAAGCUGGAGACUGAGAAAAUACGAAAGCAAGCCAUCGAGACUACAGCCUCCAUGCAGUCCAUUCAGUCCCAGUACAAUGAGAUUGUGAAGGAAAGAGAUGCUCUGUUGCUGAAACUGAAGUCGUUAGAAAAUGACAGAGAUCGCCUCAAAAUGCUAGAGGAGGAACUCAGUCGUAUUAAACUAUCUUUAGAGUCUGAGGUUUGCAACAAGCAACAUAUACAGGAUGAGAAUGAGAAGGUGAAGAAAGAUUUAAGUUACUGGAAGGACCAGCAUGAUUGUAAGCAAACCCUGGUUAUAGAGUAUGAAACAGACAAGGAACGUCUGGUGAGGGAACGGAACUCGUUGAAAAGUGAGAUAGAGAGGCUGAUGAGGGAACUAAGGGAGCUUGAGGAAACAUAUCGAAGUAAGUUGACACUCCUCCAGAAAGAACUGACUGAGCUGAAUGUUGUCAGACAAACCAUCGAGGAUGAGUUGAAGAAAGCUAAAGAGCCCCCACCCUUGGUUUUUGAUGGCGUCCGCAAGCCAGUCACAGCAACCCAGUUGCAUGACUGUGGUGUUUUGGAGGAGCCAACAUUCAGCCAGCUUUUGAAGGGGCAUAAGACUGUCUCUGAGGUGUCUGGUGACAAAAAGGUCAAUCUAAAAGGGACGGGCCCAAUAGCUGGUGUGAUAAUUGAAUGUACAAUGGGACCACAGUCUGUUACUAGUCCCCUAUGCAAGAUGACCUUCACUGAAGCUAAGAAUCAGAAUCUCCUGCCAUCAGAUAGCGUUGACCUGCUCCUGGAUGCACAGGCUGCCACAGGCCACAUCAUUGACCCCCGAACUAAUCAGAAGUUGACAGUUGAAGAGGCAUGUUAUCAAGGUGUAAUUGAUGAAGAGGAUCGAGAGAGGUUGUUGGCAGCAGAGGCUGCAGCUGUUGGGUAUAGUGAUCCUGGCUCACGCGAACCCCUUUCAGUAUUUCAGGCCAUGAAGAAAAGAAUGAUUGACAGGAACACAACACUGCGCCUGCUGCAAGCACAGGAGUCUGUGGGGGGCAUUCUGGACCCCAUUCUUAGUGUGUUCCUUCCCAAAGACACAGCCAUUGAGCGUAAUCUAAUUGAUGAAGACAUAUAUCGUGCUCUCAAUCAGAGGCCUGAGCUCUAUCUGGACCCAGAAAGUGAGGAUGGUGUAACUUAUAUGUCAUUGAAGAGGAGAUGCAAAGUAGAUCCACACACAGGCCUUCUGCUUCUUCCUGUACCAGAAAAGCUAGACCCCUCCAAACUCAUCUUUGAUGGUGUUCGGAAACCUGUCACAGCCAAGCAGUUGCUUGAUUGUGGUGUCCUGGACAAACCGACAUUUACAGACCUAGAGAAGGGAAAGAAAACUGUCCCAGACGUAUCUGUAGACAAAAACAUCAGUCUGAAGGGGACUGGGCCCAUUGCUGGUGUUUUAGUUGGGAAUCGAGUCAAAAUGUCUUUGUCAGAAGCAAAAAAACGGAAUCUUCUGCCCCUAGAAAGUGCAGAUUUGCUGCUGGAUGCCCAGGCAGCAACUGGCCAUAUCAUUGACCCCAGCACCAAUCAGAAACUGAUAGUAGAGGAAGCAUGUGCCAGUGGAGUGGUGGACAUUAGUGAUCGCGAUAGAUUGUUAGCAGCAGAAGCUGCUGCAGUGGGCUACCGGGAUCUGAGCACAGCAAAGCCUCUGUCAGUAUUUGAGGCCAUCAAUAAGGGACUAAUUGACAAGAACACUGGGCUUCGCCUGCUGCAGGCCCAGGAGUGUGUGGGAGGCAUUCUAGAUCCCAACCUCAGUGUGUUCCUCCCUAAAGAGACUGCUAUCAAGCGCAACCUUCUGGAUGAAAACCUCUAUCGUACUCUAAACCAGACCCCUGCGUGUUACCUUGAUCCAGAAACUGAGCGUGAUGUCAGCUAUGGGGCUUUGAAGAAAAGAUGCAAGACCGAGCCUCACACAGGUCUGCUACUUUUGCCAAUUACUGAGAGGAAAGACCCUUCCAAAUUGUUGUUUGAUGGUGUCCGUAAGCCAGUCUCAGCACAGCAGUUGCUUGAUUGUGGUGUCCUGGACAAACCAACAUUUAAAGACCUAGAGAAGGGAAAGAAAACUGUCCCAGACGUAUCUGUAGACAAAAACAUCAGUCUGAAGGGGACUGGGCCCAUUGCUGGUGUUUUAGUUGGGAAUCGAGUCAAAAUGUCUUUGUCAGAAGCAAAAAAACGGAAUCUUCUGCCCCUAGAAAGUGCAGAUUUGCUGCUGGAUGCCCAGGCAGCAACUGGCCAUAUCAUUGACCCCAGCACCAAUCAGAAACUGAUAGUAGAGGAGGCAUGUGCCAGAGGAGUGGUGGACAUUAGUGAUCGCGAUAGAUUGUUAGCAGCAGAAGCUGCUGCAGUGGGCUACCGGGAUCUGAGCACAGCAAAGCCUCUGUCAGUAUUUGAGGCCAUCAAUAAGGGACUAAUUGACAAGAACACUGGGCUUCGCCUGCUGCAGGCCCAGGAGUGUGCAGGGGGCAUUCUAGAUCCCAACCUCAGUGUGUUCCUCCCUAAAGACACUGCUAUCAAGCGCAGCCUUCUGGAUGAAAACCUCUAUCGUACUCUAAACCAGACCCCUGCGUGUUACCUUGAUCCAGAAACUGAGCGUGAUGUCAGCUAUGGGGCUUUGAAGAAAAGAUGCAAGACAGAGCCUCACACAGGUCUGCUACUUUUGCCAAUUACUGAGAGGAAAGACCCUUCCAAAUUGUUGUUUGAUGGUGUCCGUAAGCCAGUCUCAGCACAGCAGUUGUUUGAGUGUGGAAUACUUGACGAGCCUACAUUUAACCAGCUACUGAAAGGGGAGAAAACUGUCCCAGAGGUGUCAGUGGAUAAAAAGAUCUUUCUGAAGGGGACAGGAUCAAUUGCUGGUAUAGUAGCUGGACUUUCAGGGAAAAUGUCUUUCUCAGAAGCCAAGAAAAAGAUGUGCAUGCCCCUAGAAAGUGCAAAUUUGCUGUUGGAUGCUCAGGCAGCAACUGGCCAUAUCAUCGACCCCCGCACCAAUCAGAAGCUGACAGUAGAGGAGGCAUGUGCCAGAGGAGUGGUGGAUAUGAGUGAUCGAGAUAGAUUAUUAGCAGCAGAAGCUGCUGCAGUGGGCUACUGGGAUCCGAGCACACCAAAGCCUCUCUCAGUAUUUGAGGCCAUCAAGAAGGGAUUAAUUGAGAAGAAGACUGGGCUUCGCCUGCUGCAGGCCCAGGAGUGUGCAGGGGGCAUUCUAGAUCCCAACCUUAGUGUGUUCCUCCCUAAAGACACUGCUAUCAAGCGCAGCCUUCUGGAUGAAGACCUCUGUCAUGCUCUAAACCAGAUUCCUGCAUGUUACCUUGACCCAGAUACUCAGCGUGAUGUCAGCUAUGGGGCUUUGAAGAAUAGCUGCAAAACAGAAUCUCACACAGGUAUGAAGCUUUUGUCCAUCACUGAGAGGAAAGACCCUUCCAAAUUGAUGUUUGAUGGUGUCCGUAAGCCAGUCUCAGCACAGCAGUUGCUUGAUUGUGGGAUCCUAGACAAACCAACAUUUAACCAACUAAUAAAGGGUGAGAAAACUGUCCCAGAGGUGUCAGUGGAUAAAAGGGUUUUCCUGAAGGGAACCGGGUCAAUUGCAGGGAUUGCAGCUGGACCUUUGAAGAAAAUGUCCUUUACAGAGGCGAAGAAACAAAACAUUAUACCUACUGACAGUGCUGACAUGCUACUGGAUGCCCAGGCAGCCACAGGUCACAUUAUUGACCCAAGAACUAAUCAGAAGCUGACAGUAAAGGAGGCAUGUGCCAGAGGAGUAGUGGACAGAAAGGAUGAAUCAAAGUUGUUUACAGCUGAGUUUGCUGCUAUAGGUUACCAAGACCCAAUAACUUCCAACCUCCUGUCAGCUGGUCAGGCCAUGAAGAAGGGACUAAUUAACAAGGAAACUGCUUUACGAAUACUUCAGGCUCAAGAGUCCGCAGGGGGUAUUUUGGACCCUGCUCUCAGUGUAUUCCUACCCAAAGACAUUGCUUUGGAUCGGGAUCUCAUUGAUAUGGACCUAUACCAGGCCCUGAAUCAGAGUCCUGAAGUCUAUCUGGACCCAAUCACCCAAUAUACAAGUAGCUAUGUGGCUCUGAAGAAAAAAUGUAGAGCAGAUUCAAGCACAGGCCUUUUGCUUCUCCCUGAACCAGAAAAACCAAUAACUGUCCAGGGGCUCAGGGACCAGGUGUUAGUCCAAGAUCUGGUAGAUGCAAACCUGCUGGAACGGUCUGAUAUGGACCGACUGAGGGAGGGCAGAUUGACAAGCCAGGACAUUGAAAACCGCCUGCGUUCCUACCUGAGAGGUUCCACCUGCAUAGCAGGAGUUUAUGAUGAAGCCAGUAAUAAGGUGAUAUCCAUCUAUCAGGCCAUGAAAGACGGACUGUUGCGACCUGGGACCACUCUGGAACUGCUUGAAGCCCAGGCUGCCUCAGGUUUUCUAGUUGAUCCUGUCAACAAUCUUUACCUGACUGUAGGUGAUGCCUACAAGAAAAGACUGUUCGGGCCAGAGUUUAAGGACAAACUGCUAUCAGCAGAGAAGGCUGUGACUGGUUACAAAAUGCCUGGUACAGACAAGAUAAUCUCCCUCUUCCAGGCCAUAGAGAAAGGUUUAGUGGAGGAAGGUCAUGGCAUCCGUCUGCUAGAGGCCCAGAUUGCCAGCGGUGGUAUAAUUGAUCCUGCACAUAGCCACCGUAUUGAUGUAAAUGUAGCCUACAAGAGAGGUUACUUUGAUGAGAAAAUGAGCAAGAUCCUGGCUGAUCCGAGUGAUGAUACUAAGGGCUUCUUUGACCCUAACACACAGGAAAACCUAACCUAUCUGGACCUAAAGAAACGCUGUAUCACAAAUAAGGAUGGCCUGAUCCUUUUGCAGAUCACAGACAAGAAAAAGCAAGAGUCGACUUCCAAGAACACCCUGAGAAAGAGAAGAGUGGUAAUUGUGGACCCAGAGACUAACAAAGAGAUGACAAUACGUGAAGCCUAUGACAAAGGGUACAUCGACUACGACACCUUCCUGGAGCUGUCCGAGCAGGAGUGUGAGUGGGAAGAGACCACUAUCACUGCUCCAGAUGGUUCUAAACGAUUUGUUAUCACUGACAAGAAGACUGGGAGGCAGUAUGACAUUUCUGAGCUGCUUGAAAAGCGAGUAAUUGAUCAGGCAGUUUUUGACCAGUACCGUUCGCAUGCCAUCUCCCUUACUCAAUUUGCAGACAUCAUCACCAGUAAGACCAAACAUGCAUCAUCAUCAUCAACUUCAAGAUCAGCAGCCUCAGGUGCAUCUUCAAGUACAACUUCUGUGACAUCAUCAUCAACUUCAAGAUCAGCAGCUUCAGGUGCAUCUUCAAGUACAACUUCUGUGACAUCAUCAUCAGCUUCAAGAUCAGCAGCCUCAGGUGCAUCUUCAAGUACAACUUCUGUGGCAUCUUCGGGUACAUCUUCUGCGGCAUCAUCUUCAACUUUAAGAACAUCAUCGUCAUCAUCAGUCAUGUCAAAACCUUUGUCACCUACUCUUUCCAAGAUGACUACAACAAGAACUACUGUCACAGAGCGAACAACUUCACUCAGAAGUGUAGGUGAAGAGUCACCUGAUACCCUUAAGCAAAUAUCCAGUGUUUCUAUCUCUCUUGCUUCUCCCUUUGAAACAAUUGGUGACCAAGAACCUGUGGGUGCCAUGUUUGACACAGACACUUUAGAGAAGAUAUCCAUCACGGAGGCUCUAGAUCGUGGUCUUGUGGAUACCAUCACUGCCCAAAGACUGCUGGAGGCCCAGGCCUGCACUGGAGGAAUUGUCAAUCCCACAAAUGGCCGUAGGCUGAGCAUCCAAGAGGCAGCCCGUAUGGGUAUAAUAUAUGACGACAUGGCCACUAAGCUCAAGGCUGCCCAGAAAGCCUACAUUGGCUUUGAGGAUGUAAAAAACAGGAAGAAAAUGUCAGCUGCGCAGGCUAUGAAGGAGAUGUGGCUUCCAUAUGAGGCAGGCCAGAGGUUCAUGGAGUUCCAGUUUGUAACAGGGGGGCUUUAUGACCCAGAAAUGGGCUGUAGAAGAACCAUAGAGGAUGCUUUAAAAAUGGGCUGGUUGGAUGCGAGAGCAGCCCAGAAGCUCCACGAUAUCAGCCACCACACAAAGAACCUGACAUGCCCCAAGAGCAAGCUGAAGAUCUCUUACAAGGAGGCUCUCGACAAUUGCAUGAUGGAGGAAAGCACCGGGGUGAGAAUGCUACAGGCGUCAUCUAUAUCUUCCAAAGGCAUCAGCAGUCCCUACAAUCUCUCUGCCCCCGGAUCCACCACGGGCUCAAGGAGUGGCUCAAGACGAAGCUCUCGCAGAAGCAGUGUGGACUUAGGCUCCCCCACCUCCUUAUUAACCAGUCGCUACAGUCACAGCAGCCUCACCACCUUCUCCUCCAGAUCCUUGAAAUAAACCAAAAACAAAAUUAAAAAAAAAGUCCUGCACAUUGUUAAUGAAUAGAAUUGGUUGGGGUAUUUUGAAUGUUCUGAAAACAGCUUUUAAAAAUGAGUCUAUUGUGUAAAAGAAUGCAAGGUUAAUGUUUUAAAUCCUUAAACCUUUUGCAUAAUUUUUGAUUUUUAGCUUUGUUUGUCUUAUCUUUAGGCCUUUAAAAUGCUAUAGCUUAAAGGAUCAUGAGAAUAAACACAUCAAAGAUAUUUUUGUGACAAUGAACUUAAGUAUUAAUGGCAGCCAUCUUAAGGUAUUUGGAUUGAAAGUAAAGUGUAAUUAAUAUAAUUGUUACUCCUAGAAUAGGCCUAGAAAUUAUUGCCAUAUUGUUUUCAUACACAUAUUUCAAAUAUAUUUUCCAAAAGCUCAUUUUGAAGCUUUGCUUUGGUAACAUAAUGGUGAUAUGUUUGCAUUUAUUUUACAACUAAAGUGCCUAUUUUGUGUGGGGAGAGGUGCAAGCUUGGAUUGCAUAUAUUGGCAUAACUAUAUUUUGUACUGCAUUUGUUUAUCAUGGCAUUUUUGCUUGAGGUUUUGUAAGUUUCUCAAUAACUCAAAAUAAAAGGCUAACAUGUUGC